UUUCUCCCCCAAACCCUCGCACUCCUCUGGCCAAACCGGAGCGCCCGCACCACAAUGCAGCGCCUCCUCCCUCCCCGCCGCAGCUUGCUCCGCCGCCUCUCCUCGGCCGCCGAGGCUUCCUCGCCUCCCUCCCAUCCACCCCAGAGCCCGCUCGCCGACUCCCUGUACCACCGCGUCGCAGCAGUCGCGAUCCCGCGCCUGCAGCUGACCCCCGUUCUGGAGCAAUGGGCGUUCGCCGAGGACCGCCCCGUCGAGAAGCACGAGCUCCAGGCUAUCAUCAAGAAGCUCAUCCGACUCCGCCGCUUCUCCCAUGCGCUCGAGAUGUCCAUGUGGAUGACCGACCGCCGCUAUUUCCCUCUGAAGCCGGGCGACGUCGCGUACCGGCUAGAGCUGAUCAGCAAGGUGCACGGUCUCAAGAGCGCGGUGGAGUACUUCGGGGGGCUGUCCAAAGAGAUUAAGAAAUCGCAGUGCUACGGAUCCCUAUUGAAAUGCUACGCGGAGGCAAAGUUUGUAGAGGAGGCUGAGAAGUUCUUCGGGGAGAUGCAGGAGAUGGGGAUGAUGAGUUCCUACCCUUACAAUGUGAUGAUGAAGCUUUAUUGGGAGACCGGGCAGGUUGAGAAGGUGCGCACCAUGUACCGGGCAAUGGAAGAGAGUGGCAUCAAGCCUGAUUUGUUCACUAUCGAUAUUCUGCUGACCGUAUAUAAAGCUUCUGGAGAUUUGGAGGGGAUUGAGGAAGUUCUUGAGAAGGCCAAGCCGCGUGAGAACCUUGUGGGUUGGCAUUCAUAUGCCAUUGUAGCCAGCGCUUUCAUGAAAGCUGGGCUGCAAGGAAAGGCGUUGCAGGCUCUUCAGGAAUCAGAAAAGCGGAUUGAUCCGAAGAAUGGUAGGGUUGCAUAUGGAUUCUUGCUCUCCAUGUGUGCUGAUUCAGGAAUGCGGAGUGAGGUGGACCGGAUUUGGGAUGUCUACAAGUCCAAAGUACCGACAUGCAACUCGAUGUACAUGUGCAGGAUAAGUGCGCUGCUUAAGAUGAAUGACACUGAUGAAGCUGAGAAAGCCUUUCGAGAGUGGGAAAGCAGGUUUGUUCACCAUGAUUUCCGGUUAAUAAACUUACUGCUAAAUGGUUACUGCGCAGAAGGUCUUAUGGAGAAGGCAGAAGCUCUCGUGGAUGAAGCCAUCACCAAAGGGAGGAUGCCUUAUGCUAAUACUUGGUAUAAGUUGGCUGCUGGAUUUUUUAAGGAUGGCCAAGUGUUAAAAGCAGUGGAUCUGACAAGGAAGGCUCUUGCUUCCGCAACUUCCGGAUGGGAACCUGACCUGACAAAUGUGCUAAUGAGUCUGGACCAUUUCAUGGAGCAAAAGAAUGUCGAAGCAGCAGAGGAGAUGGCAAGCCUGCUACGGAGUUUGGUUCCAUUGACGAGGGAUGUUUACCAUAGUUUACUGAAGACAUAUGUUCAUGCAGGAAUGCCAGUGUCAGACUUGCUUGAUCGCAUGAAUGAAGAUGGUUUUGAGGCUGACCAAGAGACAGAUAGGAUCCUCGCUAGACUGUGCAAGUAGAUAUGCGCUGCUUAUUUCCUUUGGCAGAUAGUUGCUAACCCGUCCACUUGUUAAUUGACUUUACUCCACUGCUUAAUGCUUAUCAAGACGCUGCAAUUCACUAUCUUCUUCCCCGCAAAAAAAAAUUCACUAUCUUCUAUGCGACAGCCUCAUAGGGCAGUGGGGAUAUCAAAUAUACCCUUGGCAUAUGCUCAUUGAAAUUUAUGGAGAUUUGUACUUUUGUUAGGAUAAGAUAAGAUAUUAUGUAAUGUAGGUCCAGUUAUUCCAGUAGUCUCACAAAUAAUUCUUUUAAGCCAAUCUCCUUGACUCCAUCUCUCACAUCAUGAAUUGGAACCAUUUUUCUGAAGAUGUCCGUCUGCUUAAUUUUCUUGAUUUCUUCAUCAAAUUCUUACACUUAAACCCUAACUGCUCCUCUCCUUUCCCCCUUGUUUUGCAUUCAAAGUUCCGAUUGGAACAUGUCUGACAGAAGCUGAUAGCCUAAUUAAUGCCUUGUACAACGAACUACAGAUAUGAUUCUGAAGAGAUGUGUGCAGAUCUCAUGAAAGGCAUCUUGCUGUUGUACAUUGCAAGUCAAAAGGCGAGAGAAGCUUUUGGAGGGGAUUUAUGCUGCCUAAAGGGGACAAGCUCUGCCUAAGAUUUGUAGCUUUUGGUUUGCUGUAAGGACGCAAUGAGGCGGAGGGACGAGGGAUGGGAGCAGCGGCGUGGACGGUGAGACCAGUAAGCAGUGAUUCUCUGCAAGACGCUCAUGGCGUCCGACACCAGCACGCACGGCACCACCCUUCUAAUUUAAUUGCAAUUACUCAAUGCCUUGCACAAUUGCAUCACCCUUCUAAUUUAAUUGCAAUACUGUUAACUUUUUGCAAUUCCAAUUGUUGCCAGCUGCAAUUGCAGUUUCAUUUUUGGGUUUAUAGGUGUUUUUCACCAAUAUUUGGACUUCACUGCAAGAUGUUUGGUGCAAAAUAGUGUUCUGGGCCCUCAUUUGUGUUCUAUCCACUUACGUUUUUGUUUUUUCUCAGCUCCCCUUCUGUUUAUCAUUCCCUCUUCAAUUGACUUGAAAGGAUUUCACAAAUUUAUGUGAAACAAACUAGUAGGACCCAUUUUUUGUACUAAGUUUUGCACUGCCCUUUUAAUGCAAAUUUGUUUCUUUUCUGUUUUGCACUACUGAUUGCAGCUCCAGCCUUUCUCAUUCUCAAAACCGUUCAUGACUCUCUUAAUAUCUUGAAUGCAAUUUUUUGCACCUGAAGUUUUGCCGAUUGCGGUUCUAUUUUUAUGGUUUUCUGCACGUGUAUCCUUGCUGAUUGCAGUUUUUCUAUUUUUGAAAUUGCAUCCAAUCUAAUUUCAGGGGUUGGUUUUGCUCCCAUAGCUUUGCUGAUUGUAGUCCUUACAAAGUGCAAUUGCAUUGCAUUUAUAUUGAAAUUGCUCGCAAUCUACUACCUCCUAAAUUGUUGUCGUGGUUUUAGUUUAAAUUUGUACUACAACCACGACAAUAAUUUAGGUUCGGAGGGAGUUUUUUUUUUUUACUGAAAUUGCAUGUCUUCGCAGCUGCAAUUCCAGCUUGGAGUUAGUGCAAUUAUCUUAUUUGCUUAAGACCGAUUUCCUUGCUGUAUUGCACGUUUUUUACUGAAAAGGUACAAAAUUUCUAUUUUUUCCUUGUUGCCAUUCCUUUGUUGGUGCCAUAUCUUGACAGAAACCUGCAUGUACUUUAAUACUUGCAAUUGAGCAUGUUAUCAAAUGCAAUCGCAGAUGUUUAAAACUGGCAUUGCAGCCCAGUAUGUUUGUUCCUUCAUUUUUGUCGAUUGUGACUUCUGUUUCUUUUUCUUAGAUGGAUCUACUUAUGUUGUAUGGACAGUUUGACGAGGGAAGGUAGAGUUUUCCUCAAAUCAUCAAUGAACAUGUACUCAUUUUCUCUUUGCCUUGCUGUGAUCUCUUUGUUGGUGUCAUAUUUUAACUGAAUUUGCAUGUCUUUGACUUCUUGCAAUCGAGCAUUGUAUCAAAUGCAAUUGCAGUUGUUUAAUACUGGAAUUGCAGCCCAAUAUGUUUGUUGCUUCAUUUUGUCGAUUGUGACUGAUGUUUCUGUUGCUUAGAUUGAUCUACUUAUGUUGCAUGGACAGUUUGAUGAGGGAAGGUAGAGUUUUCCUUGAAUCGGCAAUGAACAGGUACUCAUUUUCUGUUUUGCCUUGCUGUGAUCUGUUUGUUGGUGUCAUUUAUUUAACUUAAAUUGCAUGUACUUUACUACUCGCAAUCAAGCAUUGUAUGAAAUGCAAUUGCAGUUGUUUAAUACUGGAAUUGCAGCCAGUAAUUUUGUUCAUUACUUUUUGAUUCUGAGUUUUAUCUAGAUGAUGUUUGAAUUUGUCACUCAGUCAGUGUAGUGUGUUUCCCCUUACCAUAGGUGAAUGCAUGAUUCUGGUAUUAUGAGGCUGGCUUUUAAACCAUUAGGUGCAUGUUUUUCUUAGAACAUGUUUCUUUAUGUGUCUUGUUUCUUUUAAACGAGCAGAUGACUGGUUUUAUUUGAAUUUUCAGGCGCCUGUUUUUCUUUCAGAAAUUAGGUGACUGCUUUUUGGUCAGAAAUCAGGCGCCUGUUUUGGUAUCUAAAAACAGGCGCCUGCUGUAUAGACAGACCCGAAAACCCUUUUGCUCAGACCCCAUGAAAAUACACUGGUGUUUUUUUUUCAUCUCGACAGAUGAUAUGCUUGAAUAUGGUAGGGAGGGCAGAAACCCCGACUGAGGCCUAAGCAAAUGCUGGAUUAGUCUGCACGUUGUGCCUGAUAUGGCGUGCAAGUUAGGCCUGGCAUUGAACGCUUGAUCUAGCCAACACCAUGGUCCUGCCACACCAGCUACAGAUAUGAUUCUGAAGAGAUGUAUGCAGAUCUCAUGAAAGGCAUCUUGCCGUAGUACAUUGCACGGUAACCUUUGAUUCUUCUCGUAAAAAUACACUGCUGUGUUUUUUUCCAUCUCGACAGAUGAUAUUCUUGAAUAUGGUAGAGAGGGCAGAACCCCAGACUGGGGCCUAAGCAAAGGCUGGAUUGGUCUGCAAGUUGGGCCUGAUAUGGCUGCAAGGCCUGGCAUCGAACGCUUGAUCUAGCCAACACCAUUGUCCAGCCAAACCAGUCGGGUGGAAUCAUGAUUCGGAUCACUUCUGGAAGACUAGGUAAGCUUGGAAAGAACAAUUUGAGUGGCUGGAAAUAUUUCUGAAUUCGUGUUGAUACUAGCUCAUCAAAGUUGACAGUGGCAUAUGAUGUACAGUUGGCAUUUGAAAACUCAGUUUGAUUCAUGUAAAUGGGAUCAUGUAAGAUUACGCUGAUCAAAGAAUUACCUUCUCGUGCCGCGGUGACGCCGUGGUCCUUUUUACUGA